UCCUGGCCGUCCAGAGUGGCAAUAACGCCGACAGAAAGUGCUUUAUAAAUAGAGCUUAACCGCUAUUCCGCCAAUAUUUUGCGUGUUCUGGCUUCUGAGGUUGUUCGUUGUUUGCUCUUCUGCUUCAGAGUUUUAGAUCGGUUGAGAGACAGCUGAGAUGGCUCGUACCAAACAAACCGCUCGUAAGUCGACGGGAGGAAAAGCUCCCAGGAAGCAGCUUGCCACCAAGGCUGCUCGUAAGUCGGCCCCCACCACCGGAGGGGUGAAGAAGCCCCACAGAUACCGUCCAGGAACUGUUGCUCUUCGUGAAAUCCGUAAAUAUCAGAAGAGUACCGAGCUUCUGAUCAGGAAACUUCCCUUCCAGAGGCUUGUCCGUGAAAUCGCACAGGAUUUCAAGACUGAUCUUCGAUUCCAGAGCCAUGCAGUCUUGGCAUUGCAGGAGGCGGCAGAGGCAUACUUGGUUGGUCUGUUCGAAGAUACCAACCUCUGCGCCAUUCAUGCUAAGCGAGUGACGAUUAUGCCCAAGGACAUCCAACUGGCCAGGAGGAUCCGUGGUGAGAGGGCUUGAGUGGUUUCAAGCUUAGAGAAGAAUUAUGCUGAUGAUCGAUUAUGAAAUAGGCUUUGUUAGUGUCAUUCUGGGUUAUUUUUUGGUGGUGUUACGAUAGUAAUUUCUGGACUACUAUUAAUGGAUUCAUAUCAAUUGAACAUAUACGGUGAUAAUUCUCCGUUGUUUGGAUUGACGGUGGUGUGCAGAGGGUUUGUAGGAUUAGAUAUUUGAAUUCUCUAGGAUUUGGAUGGAUUUGAUUCUGCUGCUUGUGACUAGAUGUUAAUUCUCUGAUUCCUCCAUUCGUUGGUUUAUAUUAUGGUACUAUGGUCUUGGUUACUACGUUUCAAUAAACCCUAGUUCAGCAUCCAGUUGGGGCGGAUAGGGUUAUUCUCUUUA